CGGUUGUUGUUGUCGAACGCACGUGGUGCAGAAGGCUCAGCGGCCCCAUAAGGUGUGAGAGGGAAACGAGAGAGAAUAACUAAAGAAACAUGGCUCCUGCUACUGAAAAAAAGGCUGGUGGAAAAAAGAAAGGCCUAAAAGGUGUGAUGAAAAAACCUGGUUUGACAACAAUUGCAAAGAAAUCAUCCAAGGAGGCUAGAAGGGAGAGGCUUUUGAAGGCUAAGAUGUGGGAGCACAGGAUUAAGGGAAGCAAAAAGAAGUCAAAAGCUGGGCAAAAGAAACAGAAGCAGGAUAAAUCAGCACAGGAAAGUAAAGUGAAAAAAGAGAAGGCUGCCACACAAAUUUCUGAAUUAAGUGAGAUGCAGGUGCGAGCAGCUGUUGCAGGUGUUAGAAAAUUAUGCAACAAAUUAUUGGCUGAAUCUAAAGAAUUAUUAGAAGUAGACAGUGAUCAGCACAUUUGCCUGCAAGUCAGCUUAUGCAAAGUGCCCAAAAAUAAAGAUAAACGCUCACCAUUGACCAUCAAAAUACCCUUGCCACAUCCUAUACUGGGCGACGACACAGAUGUCCUGCUCAUAACCAGAAUGCUCGAUAGUGAACGUGGGCCUGACUAUGAGAAAACACUGAACCACUUCAAAGAAUUACUCAUACAAAAGAAAGCAGCGCAUCACAUUACAGAAGUUAUAACUCUGAAGCAAUUAAGAAUGGAAUAUAAAGAAUUUGAAGCUAAAAGAAAUUUAGCUAACCGGUUCCAGGUGAUCCUCGGCCAAGAUUGCAUUAUGGAACUCCUGCCAAAGCUACUGGGAAAACACUUUUAUGGCAGAAAUAAAUUGCCAAUUGCAGUGAAUUUAAAUUCAAAGCACCUGAAGGGUGUGAUUGAGAAUGCUGUUCGUCAGUCAAUUCUCCAUUUCAACAUGAAAGGAAAUUGCUCUCAGGUCAAGGUUGGUCGUCUCAGUCAAAAUGAUGAACAAAUAACUGAGAACGUUCAGAAAGCUGUGUGGAAGAUGAUGCACCGGAUCCCAGGAGGCUGGGACAAUAUUCAAACUCUUUCCCUGAAGGGUCUUAAGACAAAAUCUGUGCCACUCUAUGUUAAGACCACAACCUUUGAUGAGAAGAUCAAACUGCCAGAGAAGGAAUGUGAACCGACUGCUGUAGGUACAUUAACUACACUCAACAAAAGAAAGCUUGUUUACGUCCAGAAAAAUGGCAAUGUUAAGAUCAAGUUGAAAUGCUAACCAUGUGUAGAGAAGAAAAGGUUGAAGAAACUGAAGGCAGUUGCCAAAAUGACUAUUAAGAAGAAACAAGAGGAAGAUACAGAAUAUAUACAAGAAAAAAAUAGUAAUAUAUCCUAUUGGUGAAACUGUGGGCCAAUUGUAUGUUUUUUUUUUGUUUUUGUUUUUUACAGGAUUAGGGAUACUCUUGUAAAAGUAUUAAUAAUCAUAAGGAAUUUGUUUUAUCAUUAUCAAUGUUCAUAAAGCAUAUUACUUUAGUCUUCACUGAUUUACUAAGCUUUUUCUGUUUGUGGGCAUUCAGGUUAACGACAAUUGUUAAAGAAUAUAGUACAGAAUAUAGUACAUGGUAUAGAGUUUGGGUCAGUUAUUCUUCCCAUUGUUAAUUUUUGUUGUUUGGAUUCUAUAAUUGUUUUGAAUAUGAUGUACACAUGAGUGGCAGAAGCUCUAUAGUUUUUCUUUUUUAUUUGCAAAUUGAAGUAGCAGUGUAAUAUCCUCCUUUAAAGUGACCAGUACCGGAAAAUCUACUUGCUCUUGUUAUAUCAUCAUGAGUCCAUCAAGUAAUGAUGUUAUGUGCUUGGUUUACACCUUAACAUGGACUUUGAAACAAAUGUAAAAUAUGAUAGUUUAAUAAAUAUCAAUUUAUUUA